AUCACUGUUUUCCAUAUUCGACUUGUCAUAAGUAUUUUUGUAGUGAUUACAAUUGAGUUUUCUAUCAGAAAGGCCGACAAUUCUAAAACAUGAAUUCGAUCCGCAAUGGGAGAGUUUUGUCGCUGAACACAGUGAAGAAUCUUCGUUUUAUGUCCCAAUUAGGUGACCUAGGUAGUGGUGCCGGUAAAGGAGGUGGUGGUGGUGGUUCCAUCAGGAAAGCUGGUGGUGCAUUUGGUAAAGCUGAAGCAGCUAAAGAAGAGGAGUUUUUUUACAAAAAGCAAAGGGAACAGUUAAAAGAGUUGAAGACUCACUUACAUGAUGAAAUAACUUUCCAUGAGGAACAGAUCAAAAGACAUCAAGAAGCUAUUGCUCGCCAUAAGGAAGGAGUGAAGAAAUUAGAUACUCAGUAAGCGUGCACUAAUGGUGCACUAAUAAGCUGUUUUUUACUUAAAAACAAUUUAGCCUUGUUAAUUCUAGGUAUAAUCUUGAUCAGUGUAGAUCAUUUUCGUUGAUGUAUUUUGAGUGUUAAAUAAUAUAUGAAAUAAAAUGUA